AUGUUCAACCAGCAUUUUAAACGUGAACGAAGGGAAGCAGCCAUCAGCACUUCCCUGGUUACUAAACUGAAGGAGGCAGUGCAAAGUGUCUUACAGCCUGGGGGUAGUUAUGGUGUGCAAAAUUAUAGUACUGGAUCUCUUGGACCAAUUAUUGGUCAUUCAGACAAUACAAAUGCCCUAUGCAAUGUGUUGGAAGCAAUACUUAUUCAUGGAUUGCGUGAUUCCCUGGGUGAACGAAUGUCUACAUUUCUGGGAUCUGAUCCGGACCGGAUGCCUGUUCCAAAUUUUUGGCCCAUUAUACUGAUCAUUAGCCAUAGAGACUUAAUUGAGCAGGUGAGCGGGCUAUCGUUCAUCAGUAGUGAAGUGGGAAGAAGUCGAGCAUGGGUACGUCUGGCUAUAAAUCAAGGUCAAAUCUGUAGCUACAUCAGCGUGCUUCUUCAUGAUGCUCAUACUCUCAAGGACUAUUACAGAACAACAGCCUUUUUGCGUGAUCAAGAACGCUCAGACAUCAUGUUGAGAGUUCUUCAGCCUGUAUCUUCAUUGACUUUCAAUUUGGCAACCAAUGCUGCUGUGCUCAACACUUGGACACAGACACCGUUGGUACUAGCUGGACUCUGGGCACCAAGCGUGCAGGCUGUAGUGUCAGACCCUGUUUUGGCAGCAACAGACGUAGCCAGCACAGUUUAUGAUGAACAGUCUGCACAUGUGAAUACUAACAUUAUUGGAACACCAAUAAGUGAUCAGAUGUUUGAUAUGAUCAUUGGAGGAACACCAGAAACAAGUUUUAUAAAUGAUUAUAUGGAAAAUCACAAAACAAUGGGAUUGGAAGAACCUGAAGAUGUUCCCACUCCCUGUGAAAUUAAUUCUAAUAAUAUAGAGGUGUUCGAAACAAAUGAUAAGGCUAAGUUAAUGGCACCAAGUGAAGACGAAUCUAAAUUAAAUGAUCAUAGAAAUUCAGAAAGCAUCUUGAGUGUUGAAAGUUUAAUAGAUCAGAAAAAUCAAUUUGAAAAUUCUGUUUCUAGUACAUUAAGUAACAGAAUAUAUAUGAGAGAAUGGAGUGAUGAUUCCUUCUCUCACAGUAUAAAUGAAGGAGCACCGGAGUAUGAUAGACUUUUUUCAGACUUUGGUUCAGUUACCCCAUUUGCUCUGGUGCCAGAAUUACCAAGACCUGUAGUAGAUCCUUUGUCACCAUCUACUUCAACUCCAAGUGUUGAAAUAUCGAAUGAGUCAUCACUCUCUGAUAUUGCUGAAAAGCUGAACUAUGAAAUUCUGCCACAACAGCUACCCAGUCAAAAGGAAACCAUUCGCCUCUUACCUCUACUGACACGUCUGACGAGUGAGGAAGGUCUGGACUCCCAGCAGUACCAGUGCCACAAGUGUAAAUCAUAUAUUGGAAUGAUUUAUGGUAAACCGAGAGUGUGCAAUUAUGACUCAAGAUAUUACUGCUAUGAGUGCCAUGAGGAUGAGGCUGCUCUGAUCCCUGCUCGCAUUGUGCAUAAUUGGGAUUUUAGUGUACAUCCCGUGUGCACUGCCAAUGCCCACUGGUUAUCUGCCAUUCACCAUCAACCACUUAUUGACCUUCGGACAGUCAACCCUAAGCUCUAUUGCCAUGUGGAUGAUUUAGCUGAAAUGCAGAUGCUGCGAACUCAGUUAUUGUAUGUCCGGGCAUAUUUGUUCACUUGUAGAUCAGAUGUUGGGGAACAAUUGCGGAAGAUGCUGUGGCCAAGGGAGCAUAUGUAUGAACAUGUUCACCUAUACUCAGUUGCUGAUUUACAACUGGUGGCAACGGGUCAGCUCAUGCCCAGAGUAAGACAAGCUGUCACUUUUGGUCGUGAUCAUAUAGGUCAGUGUGAGGUGUGCUCUCCUCGUGGCUUUAUCUGCGAACUUUGCACAGAUAAUGAAAUCAUCUAUCCAUUCCAGCUUGGUAAUACUUACACAUGUGGUGCUUGCUAUGGGGUGUAUCAUGCCAUCUGUGCUGGCAGACAGAGGGAGUGUCCUCGGUGUGUCAGGCGAGCGGCGAGAAGACAGAGAAGUCAAAGCUAACCUAAUGAGUACAGUAUAUGAAAGAAAGUGAAUAUUUUAGUUGGUAUUUGGGUUGAAACUUGCUUCAACAGUGUGUGUUGCUGUGUAUAAGGUGCCCCUAAAAGGAAUAAAUUUCAUUCCUGGUAACUAUAGAUUUUGAAAUGUAAUUGCACGUGGUAAGCUCUGAAUAUAUAUUGGGAAAAUCAACGUAAUUAUCUUUCAACUAGAAAUUGAGAAAGGAUUUUUAAACAAUUAUAUUCAAACAAAUACUAGUGAUUUUGUGAUUAAUAACUUGUGAGGAUUGUGCCUUCUACCCUUAGAUGUAAAUGUGAAUUUUCAUUAUAUUUUAAACAUGUGUAUAAGUACUGUACUAAUUUUUUAUUUCCCCCUACUGUACACAUCAUUAUGCUGUGAAUUUUUUAAUUCACUGCAUAAUGGUUUUUUUAAUUUUUACGUUGUAUCAAUUUUAUAUACAUUUGCUUAAAUUUAAUCAUAUUACUCUCAAAAUAAUAAUUGAAAUUUUCAGUAGAAUAUAUAGGGAAUAUAAGGGCUUGUAAUUAAUUAUGCAUAUAAGAAAAUGAUCACCAGCAUCUCCUUGUAUAUUUGUUACUGUGUAUGUGAUUAAUACAAUAAAUGUAGAUUAUGAUACAUCAAA